GUUGUGGUUCAGUUGGUUGAGGCCUCGCUCCAGGGAGCCGCAGAGCAACGUUGGUCCCUAGCCCGUCGGAACAGCUGCUACUCUUCUCAAACAGUUCAACCGUGGCACACUCGGGCCCGUGCAAAAGCUUGCUCGAAGACGGAGCCACGGUUUUUGCCUUGGCUGUUAGCACAAUUUCACGGGUCCAUUCGUAGAGAAGUUCCCCUGCUUCUGUCCCCCACU